CAGCGCAGAGCUGUUGUGAAGGAAGUUCAUCAAGAUUCCCAUAACGUUGCUCACGAGUGUCGCAGCGUUCUAAUGCACUGGCUCAGUGCUAGAGGCGUCACUACAGACGCUGGUACGAUUCCGGGCUGUAUCACAACCGGCCGUGAUCGGGAGUCCCACAGUGGCGGCGCAUAAUUGGCCCAGCGUCGCCCGGGUUAGGGGAGGAUUUGACCGGGGUUGGCCGUAAUUGUAAAAUAAGUGUUUGUUCUGACUUGCCUAGUUAAAUAAAGGCUAAAGAAAAUAAUGUGGUAGGCAAAAUACUCUAGCAAUUACGGUAUUAUGCUCAAGGCAAUAAGAAGGAAGUGAAGGGUGGAAUGUCAUCCAUUUCUUUUCAACUCUACAAAGGAACGAUGGCGCUCCGGACUUUAGGUUGUCACUUGGGGCGUUUUCAAGGGAUUUACUGCCAGCUACAGCCCCGGUCCUGUGGGCUGGCUGUGUUGGGGGUGCGGGGGCUACCUGUGGUGUCGGUGGGGGUGAGAUAUAAGAGCUCCGGCCCUGUACAGGUGAGUCACCUGGACCACCUGGUGUUGACCGUAAAGAGUGUUCCAGCCACCUGCACCUUCUACUCUUCUGUCCUGGGCAUGGAGGUCAUCACCUUUAAGGGUAACCGUAAGGCGCUGUGUUUUGGGAAGCAGAAGUUGAACCUGCACCAGGUGGGUCAGGAGUUUGAACCCAAGGCUUUGAGACCCACCUCAGGAUCAGCUGACCUCUGUCUCAUCACCUCCACCCCGCUGGCUGCUGUAGCUACACACCUACAGGCGUGUGGUGUGGAGAUAGAGGAGGGUCCGGUGGAGAGGAGUGGCGCGGUUGGACCCAUCACCUCUCUCUACUUCAGAGACCCAGACCACAACCUGAUAGAGGUCUCUAACUACAACCGACCAACGAAGGAUUGAGGCCUUACGUCAACCUCUAACUACAUGUACAACAUCUACCUUCAACAGACCAACAGCCUUCAGCUAAACAUCUACCUUCAACAGCCUUAGAACAACAAUUUAACUGCAACAGAAGAACAAAGAACAAAGGGCAUUCUUAUAUUUUGUGUUUUUUGGUUCAGCCAACUUAUUUUUCUUUUGGCAGGAAGAUAACAGUAGUUAGAGUGAAGAGUUAGUGGUAAGGUAACCCUUAGGAGGACAACAAUGUAGUUCCUACGUGUCAUGUUUUGGCCUAGCCAGAUUUGUAUUUUAGCCAAUUCCUUUGUUGUUUGGGGUGAUGACUUGCCUCGUUAAAUAAAAACAUGAAGAAAAAAAACAAUUGUUUGAAGCAGAACCAUAUUUACAGUAGGUCAGUCAGCGUCGGUUCAGUAUCUACAUGGAGUAUUUUCAACUUUCUGGUCAGUCUGCGUCGAUUCAGUAUCUACAUGGAGUAUUUUCAACUUUCUGGUCAGUCAGCGUUUAUUCAACAAACCAAAGGCCAUUUUUAAGAUGUAAAUGUGGCAUUACAGAUACUAUCAUAACUAAAUGCUGUAACUCUAACUCCAGCUGGCCCUGUUUAGACCUGUUUAUUAAUGGCUCUGGCCAGUCCACUCUGGUACAGAGGCUGUUCAGUUCAUAUUGACGUCAUGUAGCUACAGCUUGUUGUUUCAGCUAGCAGGGCUGACUGGUCAGGUAGCGUCAGCAGGCAGGCUAGUCCCAACAACACAGCUUGUUGUUUCAGCUAGCAGGGCUAACUGGUCAGGUAGCGUCAGCAGGCAGGCUAGUCCCAACAACACAGCUUGUUGUUUCAGCUAGCAGGGCUGACUGGUCAGGUAGCGUCAGCAGGCAGGCUAGUCCCAACAACACAGCUUGUUGUUUCAGCUAGCAGGGCUGACUGGUCAGGUAGCGUCAGCAGGCAGGCUAGUCCCAACAACACAGCUUGUUGUUUCAGCUAGCAGGGCUAACUGGUCAGAUAGCGUCAGCAGGCAGGCUAGUCCCAACAACACAGCCAGUUGUUUCAGCUAGCAGGGCUGACUGGUCAGAUAGCGUCAGCAGGCAGGCUAGUCCCAACAACACAGCCUGUUGUUUCAGCUAGCAGGGCUAACUGGUCAGGUAGCGUCAGCAGGCAGGCUAGUCCCAACAACACAGCUUGUUGUUUCAGCUAGCAGGGCUAACUGGUCAGGUAGCGUCAGCAGGCAGGCUAGUCCCAACAACACAGCUUGUUGUUUCAGCUAGCAGGGCUAACUGGUCAGGUAGCGUCAGCAGGCAGGCUAGUCCCAACAACACAGCUUGUUGUUUCAGCUAGCAGGGCUAACUGGUCAGGUAGCGUCAGCAGGCAGGCUAGUCCCAACAACACAGCUUGUUGUUUCAGCUAGCAGGGCUAACUGGUCAGGUAGCGUCAGCAGGCAGGCUAGUCCCAACAACACAGCUUGUUGUUUCAGCUAGCAGGGCUAACUGGUCAGGUAGCGUCAGCAGGCAGGCUAGUCCCAACAACACAGCUUGUUGUUUCAGCUAGCAGGGCUAACUGGUCAGGUAGCGUCAGCAGGCAGGCUAGUCCCAACAACACAGCUUGUUGUUUCAGCUAGCAGGGCUGACUGGUCAGGUAGCGUCAGCAGGCAGGCUAGUCCCAACAACACAGCUUGUUGUUUCAGCUAGCAGGGCUAACUGGUCAGGUAGCGUCAGCAGGCAGGCUAGUCCCAACAACACAGCUUGUUGUUUCAGCUAGCAGGGCUAACUGGUCAGGUAGCGUCAGCAGGCAGGCUAGUCCCAACAACACAGCUUGUUGUUUCAGCUAGCAGGGCUAACUGGUCAGAUAGCGUCAGCAGGCAGGCUAGUCCCAACAACACAGCUUGUUGUUUCAGC